AUGGCACCUCGGAUACACAACCGGCGUGUGUCCAACGCCCUUCUCCCCUAUCUCACAUCCUCCCAAUCCUCCUCCACACCCUCACUCUCAUCCACAUGUCCCUCAUCACAGCUCUUUCUCCGCCAAUUCUCCGCGACGGCGGCUCCACAGACCAGGCUUCGCCGGCAAAUGUUCCAAUGGCUUAGUACCGAGGGAGCUGCGCUGAAGCACCACGUCCCUGGUGAGACCAACUACCUGCAGGGUCGGGCAGACCGUGACUCGGAUAGCCACGAAGCACCACGGCCGUUCCCGGGUAACCGGAAUUUUGUUAGCGAGAGCGUUCUCAGCGAGGAGCUCCGGAAUGAGGUCUACGUGCGGGUCGUGGAGAAGAAGAAGAGUCUGCGCGCUGUCAGUGUUGAGCUUGGUAUUGACAUGAAGCGCAUUGCGGCCGUGGUGCGGUUGGUGGAGAUGGAGAGGAGACAACAGUCACAGGGCAAGCCCCUAGCAUUGCCAUAUGCUCGUGCCGUCCACGAAAUGAUCCCGACCACUCCGCUUGCCCAGGAAGGCGAGCGCCAAACAUUCCACGAACCUAUCAACGACCUGCCCGCCCACCCCUUAACCGGCGCCCAGAUCUUCUAUCCCGUGCCCGAGUCACGAUCAUUCACUCGUGUCGAUGCCGGCCGCGUCUUCUCAGGUGCCCCGACGUUGGAGAAGGCUGUCGCCGACAAGAUCUCCCACCCCUCCGACCUCGUCGACGAUAUCAUCCAGAAUCCCAACUCGAUUGAGUGGGUUGGCAAGGGUGAGAACGCUCGCCAGGUCCUCCAGCCCGCGGACGUGCGUAUUCCGCACCCGCAGCUGGUCAAGCUCGAGCUUGACCGCAGGGCCUUCCCCAACGAGCGUCGGACCGUGGCGCAGCGCCACGCCGAGCGCGUCGAGAAGCAGGAGGCGGCGGAGCAGCAGCGCCGCGAGCGCGCCCAGGCUCGCCGUGAGAAGAGCGUUCAGCAUGUCGAGCCCGAGGGCAGUCGGUUCGACUACCGCAUCCAGGAUGCGAAGUUCACCAAGGAGACCACGGGCGCGGAUGGUCGUGCUCCCUGGGCCCCUGGCCGGCGGUACGGUGUGCCGUCGGAUGACCGCAAGCGCGGCGUGGUCAAAAUUCCGACUCGUGUGGAGGCUUAA